AUGAUCCGCCGCCUGAACACUACUCUCGCCCUCUCUUUCAUUUUUCUCCUCAUUUCCUUACUUUUAUACCAUUUUCUCUUCCCCCACCAGCCACUCCCUCCCAACAAUCACAUAAUCCGAUUUUCCGAAUACAAGAAAGCCCAGUAUCUGAGGGCCUAUCUGGAGAGCAAUGUGAAAUCAAACGGCUGGUCGUGGGUUGACAGGCACAACCCCGCGAUGAAGUUCCCAACGGACUUUGCCCUUGUGACGAUCCAGGAAUCCCUAAAGGACUCCCUGAUUGAGGAAUUUCGGAAACUGGAGCUGGUAAAAGAUGUUUCCUUGGAUUUGAGCUAUCAAAGGGGCUUUCUCCAGGAGAAUGGUGGGCAGAAGAGGCCCGGCAAGAUAUUCACUCGCAUGUCAUUCAGUGAAGGGGAGACGAAUGCUAGCGGUGCGAGGGUUGGCUGGAGGAGCCUGAUGAUGCAGAAAUCACAAGUUACCUCCUUGUUUGGAGCAGAUGCUCUCUGGUCGAAAGGGUAUACUGGUGCAAAAGUAAAAAUGGCUAUUUUUGAUACUGGGAUCCGCACAAAUCAUCCACACUUUCGUAAUAUCAAGGAACGCACUAAUUGGACCAAUGAAGAUACGUUAAACGACAAUCUUGGACAUGGAACAUUUGUGGCUGGUGUUAUUGCUGGUCAAGAUGCAGAGUGUCUUGGCUUUGCUCCAGACACUGAGAUCUACGCUUUUCGGGUAUUCACUGAUGCUCAGGUUUCAUACACUUCAUGGUUUCUUGACGCAUUCAAUUACGCUAUUGCAACCAAGAUGGACGUGCUGAAUUUGAGUAUUGGUGGGCCUGAUUAUCUGGAUCUCCCAUUUGUUGAGAAGGUUUGGGAAAUUACUGCAAAUAAUAUUAUCAUGGUAUCAGCAAUCGGAAAUGAUGGACCACUUUAUGGAACUUUGAACAACCCUGCAGAUCAAAGUGAUGUUAUUGGUGUCGGCGGAAUCGAUUAUAGUGAUCACAUAGCAUCGUUUUCAUCACGAGGCAUGAGUACUUGGGAGCUUCCUCACGGGUAUGGUCGUGUGAAGCCUGAUGUUGUUGCGUAUGGCCGAGAAAUAAUGGGUUCCAAGAUUAGUACGGGCUGUAAAAGCUUGUCAGGCACCAGUGUCGCAAGUCCUGUGGUUGCUGGAAUAGUUUGCCUUCUUGUUAGCGUCAUUCCUGAAAAUAAGAGAAAAGAAGUUCUCAAUCCAGGAAGUAUGAAACAAGCACUAGUUGAAGGUGCUUCAAAACUUCUUGGUCCUAACAUGUACGAACAGGGGGCUGGCAGGGUUGAUCUACUGGAGUCUUACGAAAUUUUGAAGAGCUAUGAACCUCGGGCAAGCAUAUUUCCCAGUGUCCUUGAUUAUAUGGAUUGCCCCUAUUCCUGGCCUUUCUGCCGUCAACCUUUGUAUGCAGGGGCCAUGCCUGUCAUCUUUAAUGUCACCAUUUUGAAUGGUAUGGGCGUACUUGGUUAUGUUGAAAAGCCUCCAAUAUGGCUCCCCUUCAGUGAGGAAGGCAAUCUCCUAAGCAUUCAUUUCACCUACUCAGACGUUAUUUGGCCAUGGACGGGUUAUUUGGCACUUCACAUGCAAAUCAAAGAGGAAGGGGUGCAUUUUUCUGGUGAAAUAGAAGGCAACAUAACUGUCAAUGUUUAUAGCCCCCCAGCUCAGGGCGAGACAAAUCCUCGAAGAAGUAGCUGUGUCCUUCGCCUGAAAUUAAAAAUCGUUCCUACCCCUGAAAGAUCACUGAGGGUCUUGUGGGACCAAUUUCACAGUAUAAAGUACCCACCGGGUUACAUCCCUAGAGAUUCAUUGGAUGUUAGGAAUGACAUCCUAGACUGGCAUGGAGACCACUUGCACACAAAUUUCCAUAUCAUGUAUAACAUGUUAAGGGAUGCAGGAUAUUAUGUGGAAACUCUGGGUUCUCCUUUUACUUGUUUUGAUGCAAAGCAAUACGGGACACUUCUGCUGGUAGAUCUUGAAGACGAGUACUUUGCUGAAGAAAUUGAAAAAUUGAAAGAUGAUGUCAUUAACAAUGGGCUAGGUCUUGCAGUCUUUGCUGAUUGGUACAAUGUGGACUCAAUGAUGAAAAUGAAGUUCUUUGAUGACAAUACCAGAAGCUGGUGGACCCCCGUCACUGGGGGUGCAAAUGUACCUGCUCUUAAUAAUCUUUUAGAGCCCUUUGGAAUUGCUUUCGGUGACAAAGUUCUGAAUGGUGAUUUUGUUAUUAAUGGGGAGCAGAGUCGGUACGCGUCUGGAACUGAUAUUAUAAAGUUCCCUGAAGGUGGAUACGUGCACAGAUUCCCUUUCCUGGAUAGCUCUGAGAGUGGUGCUACUCAAAAUGUCCUGUUAUCUGGUAUGAGUAAGGCAGAUUCCCCAAUUCUCGGACUUUUGGAGGUUGGAAGUGGUAGAAUAUCCGUAUAUGGAGAUUCCAAUUGCCUGGACAGCAGCCAUAUGGUCACGAACUGUUAUUGGCUCCUGAAAAAGAUUUUAGAUUUUACCUCGAGAAGUAUUAGAGACCCUGUGCUUUUCCUGGACUCGAGCAGACUGGAUAAAACACUGCACCAAGACAACAACCAGCUACCAUCCCGCAGAGCAGAUGUAAAUUUCUCAACUUACUCUGCUGUUGUCGGUAAGAAAUUGAUAUGUGGGCGUGACUCAAGGUUCGAAGUAUGGGGGAAAAACGGCUACGAUUUGAAUGUCAGGACUAGAAAUCGUAGACUGCCUGGCUAUGCCGACUUUGAUGUGGGCCGCGCACUAAAUUCUACACUAGGGAAGAUUCCGGUUAAGAAAAUCAUUUCCGUUGGAAACAACGAUGACCGUUAUUUAGGGAAGAAAAAGUAUCUGGGCUACUUGUAUGGAGAUGAACUUGAUUUCCCGGAAUUAGUUGCGAGCCACUGGCUUAUGCCUGCUAUUGUUGCAGUAUCUGGGCUUAUUCUCCUAUGGAGUUUGUGUAAAAUUAGGCAGAAGCGUAGGAGGAGAAGAAAAGGAUCUUCUGCUUUCACCCGUGCUUCUGCGAGCCCUUAA